AUGCAGCUGGAGUCCUUCAUUGUAAACUACUACAGGUCGAUCCCUAUUGUUAGCAGAGUUCUCUUUACCAUGAGCAUUGCGCUUACUGCGCUCACAUACUUAGACAUAAUAUCGCCUUACAACUUAAUAUACACGUUUCCCCACAUAAAAAAGCUAGAGCUGUGGAGGGCUGUGAGCGCAUUCUUCUACUGGGGCCCUGCCACCUUGGACACGCUUGUGCACCACUUCUUUAUGCUGAAGUACUGCAUCAUGAUGGAGGAGGCCGCAAGCAACCCAGCGGACUUUCUGUACAUGAUUCUGCUGGGAAUGGGCUUGAUACUGGUGGGCGCCACGGCGUUGGGCGUCACCAAGCUUUCCAGCUCGCUGUCCACGUACAUUAUAUACAUAUGGAGCAAAAAGAACCCAUUGAUUAUAGUUCAGUACAUGAGCUUGUUUAACCUUCCAGCAGGAUAUCUUCCUUGGAUUAUGUUUAUGUUUUCGUCUCUUGCCGAAAGAGGCGUUCCCUUGAACGACCUGGUGGGGAUCAUGGCAGGGCACGUGUACUUCUACUUCAAAAGCGUGUAUGUCCAGGGAAGCCCAGGAAGCGACCCGCUAAAGACUCCCGAUAUUUUGACAAACCUUUUCGUAAAGAAAGCCCAGCCAACUGCAGAAAGAGCACGCCGCCCAGCCCAAAGAGUAGUGACCCUAGAUACCAUAGAAUAA